AUGGCGUCAACCGUUACCUUCAGCUCAGUUAGCGCCCAAGCUGGGCUGAUCCAAAAGCCAAGGAACCUUGGAGCCACAAGCUACGCUGGCUUAAAGGUGCCGAGCUUUGGCUCAGAGUCGUCAUUCCUGGGCAGGAAUGCGUCCCUUCGGGCAGCUGUUGCUCCAAGGAUUGUGCCCAAGGCAAAGUCUGGAUCUCAGAUAUCUCCACAGGCAUCUUACAAGGUGGCAGUGCUGGGUGCUGCCGGUGGCAUCGGUCAACCCUUGGGCCUGUUGAUUAAGAUGUCUCCUCUGGUGUCGGAGCUGCAUCUGUACGAUAUUGCUAAUGUCAAGGGAGUUGCUGCAGAUCUCAGCCACUGCAACACGCCUGCCCAGGUUCUUGACUUCACUGGUCCCUCAGAGUUAGCCAACUGCUUGAAAGGCGUGGAUGUUGUUGUUAUCCCUGCUGGGGUCCCAAGGAAACCUGGCAUGACUCGUGAUGACCUUUUUAACAUCAACGCGAGCAUCGUCAAGUCACUUGUUGAGGCUGUCGCGGACAAUUGCCCAGAGGCGUUCAUCCAUAUCAUCAGCAACCCGGUGAAUUCCACGGUGCCAAUUGCAGCUGAGGUUCUGAAGCAGAAGGGUGUCUACAACCCCAAGAAGCUUUUCGGGGUUACCACCCUGGAUGUCGUCAGGGCUAACACAUUUGUGGCGGAGAAGAAGAACCUUAAGCUCAUUGAUGUUGAUGUCCCAGUUGUUGGUGGGCAUGCUGGAAUCACAAUUCUGCCGCUGUUAUCGAAGACCAAGCCGUCUGUCACCUUCACAGAUGAGGAAACUGAGGAUCUGACAAAGAGAAUACAGAAUGCCGGGACAGAGGUGGUGGAGGCCAAGGCUGGCGCUGGGUCUGCUACCCUGUCCAUGGCCUAUGCUGCUGCCAGAUUUGUUGAGUCGUCUCUCCGCGCGCUGGCUGGCGAUCCAGAUGUUUAUGAGUGCACAUUUAUUCAGUCUGAGAUCACUGAUCUGCCGUUCUUCGCUUCAAGAGUCAAGCUCGGCAAGAACGGUGUUGAAUCCGUGGUCUCUGCCAACCUCGAGGGAGUGACUGAGUACGAGGCCAAGGCACUUGAGGCGCUGAAGGCUGAGUUGAAGGGAAGCAUUGAGAAGGGUAUCUCCUUCGCGAACAAACAGCAGGAAGCUGCUGCAUCCGUUUGA